GGUUCUCCCCCACCGAGCCUGGGUCCCGUGUCUUAUGACUGGAUCCUGUCUCGCCAUGUUGCUGGGUUAAAGUUUUCUCAUCUGAUCGUAGAAAAACGUUCCAGGCGCCGAAAUGUCGAGCGUUUCUUACCUCAUCUCCAACCUGCUGGAGAAAAUGACAUCCACCGACAAAGACUUCAGGUUCAUGGCCACCAACGACCUGAUGCUGGAGCUGCAGAAGGACAGCAUCAAACUGGACAAGGACAGUGAGAAUAAAGUGGUGAUGAUGCUCCUCAAACUGCUGGAGGACAAGAACGGGGAGGUGCAGAACCUGGCUGUGAAAUGUCUGGCCCCGUUGGUGAGUAAAGUGAAGGAGCCUCAGGUGGAGAUGAUGGUGGACGUCCUGUGCUCGAACAUGAUGUCGGACAAGGAGCAGCUGAGGGACAUCUCCAGUAUGGGACUGAAGACUGUGAUCGCUGAGCUGCCGCUGCUUUCGUCAGGUUUGACCCUGACGAUAGGCGUGUGUAAGAAGAUAACCUCGCAGCUGAUCGGUGCCAUGGCCAAACAGGAGGACGUGUCAGUUCAGUUGGAGGCUCUGGACAUCCUGUCGGACAUGUUGGGAAGACUGAGCGGAGCACUGGUGGGUUUCCACAGCUCUCUGCUCUCCAGUCUGCUGCCACAGCUGACCAGCCCCAGGAUGGCCGUGAGGAAGCGCUCCAUCCUGGCGCUCGGCCUGCUGGUGCCCUGCUGCAGCGCCGCGCUCUUCUCCCAGCUCACCCAGCACCUGCUGGCGGCGCUGGCCCAGGGCCCGGCCGCGGCGCUGGCCAGGACCUACGUGCAGUGCCUGGCGACGGUCAGCCGGCAGGGCGGCCACCGCGUGGGUGAGCAUUUAGAGAAGCUGGUGCCCGUGGUGGUGAGACUCACCGGCGUGGAGGAUGACGAGCUCAGAGAACACUGCUUCCAGGCCUUCGAAGCCUUCGUUUGCAGAUGUCCGAAGGAGAUGUCUCCUCAUGUCGCCACGGUGACUCAACUGUGCCUUAAGUUCAUGACCUUUGACCCGAACUAUAACUAUGAUGACGAGGAGGAGGAGGACAGCAUGGACGUGGAGGAGGAGCCGGACGAAUCAGACGACGAGUACAGCGACGACGACGACAUGAGCUGGAAGGUGCGCCGCUCCUCCAUCAAGUGUCUGGAGGCUGUGAUCAGCACUCGGAGGGACCUCCUGCUCUCCUUCUACUCCUCCGUGUGCCCCGCUCUGCUCGCCCGCUUCAAGGAGCGCGAGGAGAACGUGAGGGCGGACGUGUUCAGCGCCUUUUCAGCGCUGCUGAGACAAACGCGGGUCCGAUGGAGUCACCGCGGCCUCAUCGGGUCGGACGCGGCGACGGAGGAGCCGGCGCUCGGCCCGUUGAAGGAGCAGGUGCCGGUGAUCGUUAAAGCGCUGCACAAACAGCUGAAGGAGAAGAGCAUCAAGUCCAGACAGGGCUGCUUCUGUGUCCUCACUGAGCUGGCUCACACUGUACCUGGAGCCCUGGAGCCGCACAUCCCUGCGCUGAUACCAGGCGUCGUCUUCUCGCUGACAGACAGGUCCACCUCCUCCACCAUGAGGAUCGACGCCCUGUCCUUCUUCCACGUUCUCCUCCUCUCUCACCCUCCUCAAGCCUUUCAGCCACACAUGCAGGUGCUGCUGCCCCCGGUGGUGGCGUGCGUGGAGGACGGCUUCUAUAAAAUCGCCUCGGAGGCGCUGCAGGUCACACAGCAGCUGGUCAGAGUCAUGAGGCCGCAGGGACAGAGCGCCGCGGAUGCAGGAUUCGACCCCACGCCGUUCAUCAGAGAGGUUUUCACCGUGACCCUGAAGAGGCUGAAAGCCACCGACAUCGACCAGGAGGUGAAGGAGCGGGCUAUUUCCUGCAUGGGCCACAUGCUGAGCCACCUCGGGGACCACCUGCGCGCGGAGCUGCAGGGGGUCCUGUCCAUCUUCCUGGAGAGGUUGAAGAACGAGAUCACGAGACUGACAGCGGUGCGAACCAUCGCCCUCAUCGCCGCCGCGCCCAUUAAGAUGGAGCUGUCCUCCAUCCUGACAGAGACGCUGUCUGUGCUGGGCUCCUUCCUGAGGAAGAACCAGCGCGCGCUGAAGCUCAGCACGCUGGCGUGCGUGACGGCGCUGCUCACGCACCACGCGGCCAGCGUGGAGGCCGGCGCCCUGGAGCCGGUGCUCAGCGAGCUGCCGGCGCUGGUGGACGAGGGCGACAUGCACGUGUCCCAGGUCUCCGUGGCCUUGCUGACCUGCAUGGCCAGAACCUGUCCCGGCUCCCUGGCCCAGCUCAGCUCCUCGGUGCUGCCCGGGCUCUUCAGGCUGGUCCACUCCCCGCUGCUGCAGGGCGGCGCGCUGGCCGCCAUCGUGGACUUCCUGCAGGCGCUGGUGCGGUCCAAAGCCAGCAGCCUGAGCUGCAGCCAGCUGCUGGAGGCUCUCACUGAGCCCUUCCACCGCCCUCAGCCGUGUGCAGACCUCCACAGACAGUCCUUCCACUCCGCCGCCCGCUGCGUGGCUGCUGUGGCCUCCGCCUGCCCCAAGGAGGCGCCGGGCAUCGUGUCGGGCCUCCUGCAGGAGGUGAAGAACGCCGGCUGCCCGGAGCCCGCUCGCAUCCUGGCUCUGCUGUGCCUGGGGGAGGUGGGGAGGAGCGGCGGGCUCGAGGGCAGUAAGGAGGUGCAGGGCGUCAUCCUGGAGGCCUUCAGCUGCUCCAGCGAGGAGGUGAAGACGGCCGCAUCCUGCGCGUUAGGCAGCGUUGCCGUCGGCAACCUGGGGGACUACCUGCCCUUCCUGCUAAAGGAGAUCUCCUCCCAGCCUCGGAGGCAGUACCUGCUUCUGCACUCGCUCAAAGAAGUGAUCAGUGCCUGUCCUGCCUCCAGCCUCUCCCCCCAUGUGGAGUCUGUGUGGGCGUUGCUGUUUAACAGCUGUGAGUGUCAGGAGGAGGGGACCAGGAACCUGGUGUCCGAGUGCCUGGGGAAGCUCACCUUAGUGAACCCUGCUCAGCUGCUGCCUCGGCUCAAACAGCAGCUCAGAGCCGCGUCUCCUGUGACGCGCAGCACAGUGGUGACGGCCAUUAAGUUCACUAUUGUGGACCAUCCUGCUCCUGUGGACUCACAGCUGAGGGCCUGCAUGGGGGACUUCCUGAAGACGCUGCAGGACGAGGACAUCAACGUGCGCCGCGUGGCCUUGGUGAUGUUUAACUCUGCAGCUCAUAACAAACCAGCGCUGAUCCGAGGUCUUCUUCCCAGCGUCAUGCCUCACCUGUACAAGGAGACCCAGAUCAGGAAGGACCUCAUCAGAGAAGUGGAGAUGGGUCCGUUCAAACACACGGUGGACGACGGCUUGGACGUGCGUAAAGCAGCGUUCGAGUGCAUGUACAGUCUGCUGGACGGCUGCCUGGACGGGCUGGACGUCCUGCAGUUCCUGGAUCACGUAGAGGAGGGACUCAAGGACCAUUAUGACAUCCGGAUGCUGACCUUCCUGAUGCUGGCCAGACUGGCUGCACUCAGUCCUUCCGCUGUCCUGCAGAGACUGGACCGACUGGUGGAGCCCCUGAAGGCCACCUGCACCACCAAGGUCAAGGCCGGGUCUGUGAAGCAGGAGUUUGAGAAGCAGGAGGAGCUGCGGCGCUCGGCCAUGCGCGCCGUCGCCGCCCUGCUGGCCGUGCCCGAGGUGGAGCGCAGCCCCAGCAUGGUGGACUUCGCCACCCAGAUCCGAAGCAACGCCGACCUGGCGUCCAUCUACCAGAGCGUCCAGGGGGGCGUCCAGGGGGGCGUCCAGGGGGGCGUCCAGGGGGGCGUCCAGGGGGGGGAGGGAGGGGGCCCGGGGGCCACAGACAGCAUGGAUCUGAGCUAAUCACCGGGUCUGGGUUUUAAUCCACCUCUUUGUUACAGCGUCACGUGAAAUUUCAAUACUGCUAAUUUAAACUCAUGUGGGAGUUUUUUCUUAGUUUAAACUAAAUGAGUGAUGUCUUUGUUUUGGGACUUGACUUCUAUCGCUGCAGCCCCGCUCACUAACCACAGGGGGUCGCUGUCCUCCACUCAACCUCCUCCUCUCCGUCCAGCCGGGCGGGGCACGUGACCGCCCGCCCUCAACCCGCUUCUGCUGCACGUCCAAUAAAGGCACUUGUUGCGCCUCA